AACCCUAGGCUUAAAAUUCUACUACCUGGCAAAUUAGGGCACAGCCUCGCGAGACAAGGGAGACGGAGGAAGCGGUAGUGCGCUUGUGCCUUGUAGAUCGAAUUGGACAGUCGCCGGUGUAGUCUGCAAAGAGAGCAACGAAAAUGGCUGACAAGGCGGUAACUAUCAGAACUAGGAAGUUCAUGACCAAUCGCCUUCUCGCUAGGAAGCAAUUUGUCAUCGAUGUUCUCCACCCCGGUAGGGCCAAUGUUUCGAAGGCGGAAUUGAAGGAUAAGUUGUCAAGAAUGUAUGAGGUUAAAGAUCCCAAUGCCAUUUUUGUCUUCAAAUUCAGGACUCACUUUGGUGGUGGCAAAUCAACUGGGUUUGGUUUGAUCUAUGAUUCAGUUGAGAAUGCGAAGAAAUUCGAGCCCAAGUACAGGCUGAUCAGGAAUGGAUUGGAUACCAAGGUUGAAAAAUCUAGAAAACAGAUGAAGGAGAGAAAGAACAGGACCAAGAAAAUACGAGGUGUAAAGAAGACAAAGGCUGGAGAUGCCGCUAAGGGAGGGAAGAAGAAGUGAUUUCCAUCACUCUUGUUAUGUUGUUUUCUUUAUUUUUUGUCAGAACCUGAGUUGGGUGAUUUGCUAUUUAAUGUUUCUCCAAGUAGUUUAAAUGCAUUAUAUUAA